AUGAUGAAGGACACCACCCAAGCGCAGAUCCAACGAGUGUUAGAGGUGGCGAGUGUUGAUCGAGGAUCACGAGGAGAUCAAGUGGUCGACCACCAAAAGACUUUGGAUCUGGAGGCGCAAGACCUAACUGAGGUAGAUCCGCGUUGGGUCCAUGCCUACAGAUUUUUCAGUGUCCUUAAAUGUAAGAUCGCCACCACCCUGGUCCUGCGGUAUUUUGAUCCAGAUCGGCGAGCUACGGUUGUGUUGUAUGCUAGAUCGUUGAUGCAAGAAUACGACAAGAUCUACCACCCCGUGGUGUUUGCGAGUCGUACUCUGAAAGCGAACGAGUUGAAUUAUGGUAUCGCGGAGAAGGAGGUGCUAGCCUUGUUAAGGAUCCUCCGUCUUAACUAUAAUGCCCUGGUCGGACGCCCGAUCCAUUAUCCACGACGCAAGAUCCAGGCUCCGAUACCCACUAUUGGACGCAACGAGGAUCAAUACGCUGUUAGCUUCGACGGAUCCGCUUGUGUCAAGAGAGGUGGAGGCGCCAACAGCUCGAUCUUGGGGAAGUUGCCCGAAUGGAGUGAUCUGACAGUGAACGAAGCAGAAUACCAUGUAUUAUUGUUGUGUUUGAAUCUGUUGGAAGAUCUGGAUUCACGACGUCUAGUGAUCUGCGGAGACUCGAACCUCGUGAUCCGACAGGUACGAGGUGAGAUCGAUUGUAAGGCACCAGGUUUGACAUUGCUAUGCCAGAAGGUUCUCGAUCAACUACGCACUUGGGCAGAUCAUGAGCUGCAACGAUGCGGGAUCGAGGUUGACUCUGAGAAGGAGAUCCAGGAUCUAGUGACUUUGAACCGACUCGACGAGAUUCUGGUAGUGAAGAUCGAAGAUGAGACUGCAUGUGUAUCGGCGGUGACGACCCGAUCCAAGGCUAGACCCGGAGUGCGGACGGGACUCAUUCGUGAGAAAAUUGUAAGAGAACUGUGGAUGGAGCGGAUCCGGCAAGCACAUGAUGAGGAGUCGUGGAUCUCAGGAUUGAAGAAGUAUUUGGUUGGAGAGAUCAGAGAUCUGAUACAAGAAGACGCUAAGGUAUUUGGAUCCAUCGCCAUUAAUUAUGAAGUGGAUCAGUCGGAUUUACUCCUCUACCGUCCAAUAACCAAGGAAGCCGCUGCCGAUCGAGACAAGUUGAUGCGAUUGGUGCGCUUCAGCAGGAUAUUUUGCAUCACUGCCUUACGAGUCUACAGGGUGGUCAUCAAGGAAUUGGUCGGGUCCACGAUCGGAUCCGAGAUCAUUUCCACUAGAGAGAAUUAUACAAGAGCGUACAGCGAUAUGUGGGAGAAUGUGUCGAUCGACAUCGGAUCCAGGGCAACCUACCCGUUCCAGAUCAUCGCCAUGGAUCACAUACCUUCGCUGCCCAGAUCUUUCAAUGGCAACACAGAGCUGUUGAUCUUUGUGGAUCUACGUGGUUGUCAAGGCCAGCGCCUCUUGAUCUAG